GAAUGUAUUAUCCAACUUGUUAACCAUAUUAAUCUUGUCACAUUCCUUUAAAUUAGUGUGUGACUUAAUAAUAAUGCUUGGUAUAGACAACUCAACCUGAUAUUAAUGGGGCUAUAAUCAAUGAAAGAGAAUAAUUAAGAAUGUAAUUAAUGGAAUUAGAAGACAGAUAUCAUAUUGAUAUUGAAGAAUUAAAAAUAAAUCUUCUUUCUGAAAGUGAAAGGAUUCUAGUAUUAUAUUAUUCUCAAAUUAUUAGUAAAAAUCUUUAAAUGAGUUGGUUUAAUAAUAUGAACCUUAAAUCCAUUAAAAGGAUUCUCAAAUUAAUAUAUUAACUUAGAAAUUGUAAGCAGCAGAAACUACUUUAUAAUAAGUUUAAACAGAAAACAAUAAAUUAAAAGAAGUUGUAUUUAAAAAAAAAGAUAAAAUAAAAUAUUAUAAAUAAGAAAUGGAAAAUCAAAAUAAUUUUCAUAUACAGAAAUUAAAUGAAUAAGAAUAAUUUUGGAGAGAAAGAUUGAAUAAAGAAUUAGUAAUAUAUUAUCUUAUUAUAUUUAGAAUUAAUAAAAAUAAAUAUUAUUAUAAGAAUUUUAAUUUGAAAAGAAAUCAUUAGAAGAUCAAAUUUAUAAAUUGAAAUCUUAAUUAGCUUAAUUUGAUGAAAAAUAUCAACAAAUUUUAUUUGAAUUAGAAGUAUUAUAUAUAAUUAAUUAAUUUAAUAGAAAAUAAAAUAAUAAUUAUAAGAGAAAACAUAUGAAUGUGAGGAAUGGAAAACUAAAUGUAGAAGAUUAGAACAUAUGGAAUCAAUCAAACCAUAAACAUUAGAUCAUUCUCCAUCUAAAGAUAGAAUAUUAGAAUCAAGAAUUGAAUAAUUAGAAAGAGAAAUUAGAGUUAAAGAUGCUAAAUUGGCAAAGAAAAAGGAUAAAGUAUAAACAGUUAUUCAACAUGUACCUUAAUAAGUGAUUGUUGAAAAACCUAUUGAAAGAAUAAUAGAAAUUGAAAAGAUUGUUCCAGUUGAAAGAAUUAUCAGAGAAAGAGUACCUGCAAGAUAACCAAUUGUUGUUUAAUAACAUGUUUAAAAAAAAGUAGAAAGUGAAUCUGAAGAUGAAGAAUUAAUUGAAGAAAUUAAAGUAUUAAAGAAAAAGAUUGUAGAAUUACAAUAAGUAAUUGCUAAUCUUAAAGUUUAAUUGGAGGAUUCUCAAAAUGAUAGAGAUGAUUUGUAUUAAUUUAAUUCUAAAUAGACAACGUAAUUAUGAAAUAUUAUUGGCUAAAGUGAGAUAACUUGAAGAUUUAUUACGUAGUAGAAAUAGGGAACUAUAAGAUAAGGUUAGUUCCUUAUAGCAUGUAAAAAAAGAUGAUGAUAAAAUUAUUGUUCAUGUAAAUCAGGGUAAAAACAAGACUAGUCAUGUUGUCAAAAGAUGA